GUAGUUAAAUCAAUUAAAAAUGCUUUUGCAAAUUUUGUCUCGUCAUUCUUUUACCUAAAGCCAUAUUGAAUAGUCUAUCAUUGAAACCAUGUUGAAGUUUGUGAGUUUGUUGGCAUUAGUUCUAGGUGUAGCAACUGCAAAAUAUCUCGAUGCUCCAACGUCUGUGACUCUUCAAGUGUACUAUGAGACUUUGUGUCCGGAUAGUAUAGAUUUCUUGGUCCAUCAACUCCACCCAUCAUACGUAAAUUUUGGUGGAGACGUCGUACAAGUGGAGCUAAUACCUUAUGGAUUUGCCAGUGAAGAUAAUUCAACAGGUGAGAAAGUUUUCACUUGUCAACAUGGACCGGAAGAAUGUUACGGAAACAAAGUCCACUCCUGCGUGAUCAAUGCUGCAACUGUCAACCAAACUGUCAAUUUUGUAUUCUGUGCCGAGAGAUCUGCCAGUCCUGCCAACUCAACCAUUCUCCAAGGAUGUGCUGAACAAAAUGACAUAUCUUGGACUGACGUAGAAGACUGCCUUUCCAGCGGACUUGCUGACGAUCUUCUGUCAGCAAACGGAAAUAAAACUAAAGUCGUAGAUCCAUCUUUCAUUCCAACCAUCACCAUUGACAACGUCUACAGUCAAGAUAAUCAAGAUGGCGCUAUUAAGCACCUUAAGACUUUACUUUGUAACAUUUUGCAGUACCCUAUCGAGUACUGCCGUUGCUAAAUGCAUUUUUGUAAAAAUUUAAAUAAAUAAAAUUAACAUAUUAUUUGAUAAAAAA